AUGAUUAAUGCUUUAAAAAGAGUUCCAAUAAAUGGAAUGAAUAAAAAAUUAUUUAUAAAAAGUUUUUCAACAACUACUGUAUCACCAAUAUUAUUUUCAUCAUCACAAUCAUUAUCAUCAACAUCAAAAAUUUUACCAACUUUUUCAAAAUCAAAUUUCUUAGAAAAUAAUAUUAAAAAUUUUAAUAAAAGAUUCUUCUCAACUGAAAAUAAUAAUAAUAAUAGUAAUAAUAAUAAUAAUGUUGAUACUGAUAUAAAUACACCAAUUAGUGAUUUCUCAUCAACAGCAUCAUCAUCAUCAGCAUCAACAACAACAACAGAGGUUAUAACUGAUACAAUUAGUAAUAAAGUUUUACCAAGUUAUAUUUUAAAACCAACAAUGGGACCAGACGCAUUCACAAUUACAGAAUGGUCACAUCAAUUUAAUUUCGACUUAAUUGCAAAACUUAAUGAACUUCAUGUACAAUAUGGGUUACCAUGGGUUAGCAUUUUCGUUGGUACAGCAAUUGCAAUUCGUGUUUUAACAUUACCAUUAGCAAUUAGAAAUCAAAGAGAUGCUGCUAAAAUGAGAUUGGUUAAACAGGAUAUGGAGAAACACUCCUACCUCAAUGAUGGUACUCAAGAGGGUAGAAUCAAAAUUGCAGAACUCCAAAAAAAAUCAUUUGCAAAACAUGACACCUCACCAAUGAAAACACUUGGUUUAAACAUGCUUCAAAUGCCAUUCAUCAUUUAUCCAUUCAUUUUCUUACGUCAAUUAAGUGGUGAUACAAAUCUACUCGUUGAUGCUGGUGCCCUUUGGUUUAAGAAUCUCUCUAUGGCCGAUCCAUAUUAUAUUUUACCAUUAGUAUCUUCAAUUUUCCAAUAUGGUUCCGUUCGUUUCUCAAUGACUGAUGAUACUAGUCCAAUGAUGAAAACUAUUAUGACUUCUUUUUGUUUUUUACCUUUAGUUUUUACUAUUCAUUUUGCUGCUAGUUUAAAUAUUUAUUGGGCAGUUAAUUCAAUGAUUUUUGCAUUUACUAAUUGGUUUUUAAAAUCAGAAAGAGGUUGUAAAUUAUUUAAUAUUCCAUAUUUUAAAAAAGUUGACAAAGUUAAACAAAUUAUUGAAGCACCAACUAUUGAUUUCAAAAAUAAACCAGCAGAAACAGCAAAUUCUGAACAAGAGAAAAAAGAUAAACUUUUAAAAGAACUUCAAGAUAGAUAUGAUUUAUUAGAUAAGAAAAAACAAGAAAUUAAACUUUUUGGAAGAAAAAAUAAAUAA